AUGUCCUCGGGCACAUCCAGCUCGCUCAUGCCUCUGCUGCACCCGCUAUGUCAAAUGUGUACUCAUGUUUCCUGUUCUUUUUCUAACUGUUGGCGAAGGUUGUUCCCAACCCCGCUUCAACUGACGAUUUCCUCCUCCCCGUUUGCACCUAUACCCGCCCUCCUCCACCAUUGCCAUCCCUCUACGCACCCCUACUCCUGUCGCAUGUGCACUCUGUGCCCACAUACAGAAGGUAUGUACCUCCUGUUUGUAUCCUUUCCACCAGCCCUCCCUCGACCUGUGUCCUCUUGA